CAAUAAUGCGGUUUGGUUUUCUUUUUCGUGUGUUGCAGAAACCAAGGAGCUGGACGGCGAGGACGUCAUCAAGGAGUACUGCCCCAUCUCGGGCCGGUUCGACUUCACGUACAACGUCAACGACGGCCUGGAGAACAAGCAGGAGUGCCCCAACUCGGUGUCGGAGCUCAACAACUGCCCCAGCGGCAACGCGCUCAACGUGCGCUUCAAGAGCUGCUCGUUCGAGAACCACAACAUCACCUUCGAGUGCCUGGGCCACUGGACGGGGUCGGACAACCAGCGCUACCUCGCGCUGCUCGACACGCGGGUGGACGCGGUGCGGCGGGCCCAGUACCGGUGCGCGAUGUACCGCGAGGACGAGGCCACGGGCAUGACCUACAUGGCCUUCUCGAGCGACUCGACGUGCGCCACGGACCUGCACUCGGCCACCCAGGGCUACGAGACGCUGGCGCUGCGGAGGGUGCCCGCCAACAGCUGGCCGACCAGGGUCGUGGCCGCCACCUGCAUGUUCCCGCAGUGGGCGCAGGGCAAGUGGGAGCACGUGUCGGUGCAGCGCAACUCGCUGACGUUCCGCGACCACAACGAGAUGAAGACGUACUCGGUGCGCUGCAUCGGCCCGGACCAGGGCCAGAGCGCGGAGCGCUUCCCCGUGUACUACAAGACGCAGUGCGGCGAGGAGAAGUACAGCUGCGUUUGGCUCAAGCAGCGGGGAAACAACGUCCUAGAGUUCCAAAUCGGCCUGCAGGAGAGCGACCGCUUCAACUACAGCCUCUGCUCGCCGAGCAACUUCAGGGAGAAGAUUUGGGUCACCCAAGGAAGGACAGAUCGGGUCCAGGAGUCUCCUUGCCCGAUCACCGGCGAGUACAACGGUCUGAUCCCGGACGCCAUCGGACUCUGCGCGAAGCUCUCGUCCGACUGCGCCAACCCGGAGGUCAUGUACUACACCGUCUCGGACUGCAACACGGAGGUGUACGAAGCCGAGCGCCCCAAGCCCAGGUACUCGACACGUCACCGCCGCGAGGCGGCCGCUGACCCCGACCCCGCGGCCGCGGUGAAGCUCCAGGAGUCGCCGGCGGACGCCUCGACCCCCGCCGCCGCCAACCAGCCGCAGAGCCUGGGCACGGCCGCCUCUAGGAUCUACCGCAUCAGCAGCAGCCCCCGCGUCACGAGCCCGCUGCCCCCGUCGGACCAGCAGCAGGAGGCGUCCUGGGCCGCCGUCAGCAACCGCAGCACCUCGACGUGGGGCCAGCGCACCGACUCCACGCUCGUGGCUUACUCGGCCCCGCAGCCGAGGAUGUACGCCGCCACGGCGCAGGGUCCCAUGUACCCCACGUCCUACAACGCGCACCUCAACAUCACCACCUCCACCCCCGCGCCGUCGUCCUCCUCGUCCUCCAGCACCUCCUCGACGUCCACGUCGGCCAGCGCGCGGUCGGCGCCCGCCUACCCGGAGGAGGAGGAAGAGUACGACCCGUGGGCGUACCCCAAGAUGCACGGCCUGCAGACGACGGCCAGGUCGGUCGCGGCUCCGCCCGCCCGGCCGAUGCAGUCGAGGCCCGUUAUGUACUUUAACAGCCAGAGCGGCUUCCGCGACCCGGUCGGCGACACCAGGGACGGCGCCAGGGAGUCGGCGCCCAACCCGUUCUACUACCAGGGCCCCGCCGGUGCCAGGGUCGGCCAGGACGCGGAGGCGCCGGCCGCGCCGUCAACGGUGGUGCCGGUGCUGCCCGCCGCCCGGGAGGUGUCCAUCGGCUGGCCCACGGCGAGAACCUCCCCUGCCGAGGCCACGAGCACGGCGGGCACCCUGAUGGGCACUGUCCGCGGCACCGCCCUGGGCGGCACGUACCGCGGCCGCCCCGUCGAGAUCCCCGGCCUGCCGCCGUCGCCGUACGGCGGUUCCGCGCGCAUGCGGAUCGUCCCCAUGGCCGUGGCCGUGCACGGGCCCCCGCAGCCCGUGAUGGCGCUGAGUGCGCGCGCGCCCACAGACCGAGGCAUGGAGUUCGGCGAGCGCGCCUCCUCGGGCCCUUACAGCUUCCAGGAGCGUAGUAGCUUCCAAGAGCGCAGCUUCCAGGAGCGCGGCUUCCAGGGGCGCGGCUUUCAGGAACGCAGCUCCACGCCCCGCCGCGCCCUCCAGCCCCACGACUCGGGCUGGACGCUGGACGCGGGCGGCCCGGGGGCUGGGGGGCCGGCGCUGUCGCUGCGCCAGGGGGCCAUGGCCGCGCCCAGGAGCGAGGCGCGCAGCGCGGCGACACCUUUCAGGAUGGAAGAGAGACAGUACCGUUGUUUGGGGCAGUGGAAAGAGGGUGAUCUGGUGUAUACCUAUACUCAACGUAAAGAUGUUGGAACCUACGAAUGCUUUGUUGGUUCAAUCAUCUCCCAAACUGAAAUAUACAUUAAGGAGGCAGGCGAGCACUGUGAAAGAGAUGUGGACCCACUUCAACAUGGCAUGCUUUUAAGAAGGAAAGGUGCUUGCAUUGGAACAGCCCCUGUUCCUCAAACUUCGACAACUCCCAGACCAAGAACCACUACCCAGUGGCCUAUCACAAGAAGGCCUGUGGAAACACACACAAAACCUUGGAAACCAAUUACAGCUCCCCCACGUUCAAAACCACCAGUGCAGAGCAAAGCACCAUCACUACAUUCAACAGCUCUAUCACUCUUCACAAGCAUAUCUAUUAUUCUUUUGUGGAAGCUUUAAAACUAAGACUGGGUGGGGACUUGUAUUCUACCUAAGCCUUAUUGUUUUGCAAAGGGCUGGCCUGUGAAGCCAGCCCGUAGUAGGGCUUUUGACUGAAUAAUUUUGUUGUGAAAAAAUAAGCUCUGUGAUCUUUGUGCUAGCUGUUACUCAGAGGCUAAUGAAUUUGACUGGAUACAACAGCUUGAUGAGGGAACUUGUUUGUCAAAGCAUACCCCAAGCAAAAACAAUCAUGCCAUUUUCAGUCUUUUUUUUUAUGAGUGUGAUACCUAACAUAAUUAUCUUGUUUCAUUACUUGUUUUUGUGUCUUAAUUCAAUGGUGCAUGAAUUUAUUGAAACAAUUUUCGCUAGUCUAGAGAGAUUUGGGAAGGAGGGAAGGGAUAUUUGUAGGGAAUGGCAUAGAGGAAUGCUCACAGUUUUUCACAUAUCUUUGUUUUUGUAUUUGUCCCUUUUUAAAAAACAGUUCCUGAAAAAUCACCAUUUAAGAUAGUAGACUAAUGUUCUUUUUUUGACAAUUUUGUGUUUUUUGAUUUUCCUUUCUUUAGGAAAUAAUCUUCUAGAAGCCAUGUAUUAUGAAUUUGUACUUGUACAGUAGAAUGUAGAGAUUUCUAAUGAUGGCCCAGGUGUUACCACUUAUGCCAUUUACAUCCAUAGACUCAGAUCCACUAUCUUUUUUAACAAACUGUAAAAUUGGCAUAAACAUUUUGACUGAAUUUGUUUCUUCAUGACAUAGAGGAGACACCUCUCUUAAAAUGUCAUCUACAUGAGUUUAAUUUUCUUUCUUGGAUCAGGAAUGGGUAUGUUAUUUCUUAUUAUUAAUUUAUUUGUGAAUAUGUAUUUGUAUGUAUUUUAUUUAUUGCACUUUCUUAGGAGUGUACUCUACACCAGGCUUUAGUCAUUAUAUUUUAGAUGGUGUCAAACUGAUUAUAGAAUAUCAUUGCCAUUGCUAUUCUUAUUCUAUUGUUUCCCAGGAAAAGAAAAUUUAAUAGAUUGAGAAGUGUGAACACAUGAUGGCUUAAAGAGAUCCCCUUGUUUUUAAUGAAACAAAUGUAUUAAUUUGUGAUAAAAGAAAGCUUAUGUAAUAUAGUGAAUAAUUUUUAAGACACUUUGUAAUAUACUGUUGUAAAAAUUAUAAAUUGCCUUGUUGAAUGCUCAUGACCUCAGUAUUUUUACUGUACAUAAAAUGUUCCUAUCUUUGAUUAAAAAUAUGUUGUAAGGUUUGUGAGGGCCACUGAGCAAAGCAAGUACAAGAAUGUACAUACACAUAAGUGAAUAAAAACUUCUGAAACAAUA